GGCCUGGAGAGCGCUAGCGAGAACGGGACUGGGGGCUUUGGCUGGGGGGCGCGGUCUGCUCGGUUCGCCCCACCCUCUCUACAUAAAAGACCGAACCCACCCGGCCGUCGCCCUCAGCCCGUCGAUUCCGGAGUAAGUUCCAGGUGGCCCAGCAGUGGGUGUGGAAGGAGAGGAUCAUCCGACCCACUGACACAGACCCAAGGCAGCAAGAAACUAACGAGGCACCAUGCGAGAGAUCGUGCACAUUCAGGCGGGCCAGUGCGGCAACCAGAUCGGUGCCAAGUUUUGGGAGGUCAUCAGUGAUGAGCAUGGUAUAGACCCCACUGGAAGUUACCAUGGAGACAGUGAUUUGCAACUGGAAAGAAUCAAUGUGUACUACAAUGAAGCAACCGGUAAUAAAUACGUGCCUAGGGCCAUCCUGGUGGACCUGGAGCCAGGCACAAUGGACUCAGUCAGGUCUGGACCAUUUGGGCAGAUCUUCAGGCCAGACAACUUCGUGUUCGGCCAGAGUGGAGCAGGAAAUAACUGGGCAAAGGGCCACUACACAGAGGGUGCCGAGCUGGUGGACUCUGUCCUGGAUGUGGUGAGGAAGGAGUCAGAAAGCUGUGACUGUCUCCAGGGCUUCCAGCUGACCCACUCACUGGGGGGAGGCACUGGCUCAGGCAUGGGGACCCUGCUCAUCAGCAAGAUCAGAGAAGAGUACCCAGACCGCAUCAUGAACACCUUCAGCGUCAUGCCCUCACCCAAGGUCUCUGACACUGUGGUGGAGCCCUACAAUGCCACCCUCUCCGUGCACCAGCUGGUAGAGAACACAGAUGAAACAUACUGCAUCGACAAUGAGGCCCUGUAUGACAUCUGCUUCCGCACCCUGAAGCUGACCACACCCACCUAUGGUGAUCUCAACCACUUGGUGUCAGCCACCAUGAGUGGAGUGACCACCUGCCUGCGUUUCCCAGGCCAGCUGAACGCAGACCUGCGCAAGCUGGCUGUGAACAUGGUGCCCUUCCCACGCCUGCACUUCUUCAUGCCAGGCUUUGCACCCCUGACCAGCAGGGGCAGCCAGCAGUACCGAGCCCUGACAGUGCCCGAGCUCACCCAGCAGAUGUUCGACUCCAAGAACAUGAUGGCUGCCUGUGACCCGCGCCAUGGCCGCUACCUGACAGUGGCUGCCAUUUUCCGUGGCCGCAUGUCCAUGAAGGAGGUGGAUGAGCAGAUGCUCAACGUGCAGAACAAGAACAGCAGCUACUUCGUGGAGUGGAUCCCCAACAAUGUGAAGACGGCCGUGUGUGACAUCCCUCCUCGUGGCCUCAAGAUGUCAGCCACCUUCAUUGGCAACAGCACUGCCAUCCAGGAGCUGUUCAAGCGCAUCUCGGAGCAGUUCACUGCCAUGUUCCGGCGCAAGGCUUUCCUGCACUGGUACACGGGAGAAGGCAUGGACGAGAUGGAGUUCACCGAGGCAGAGAGCAACAUGAAUGACCUGGUGUCUGAGUAUCAGCAGUACCAGGAUGCCACGGCUGAUGAGCAGGGCGAGUUCGAGGAGGAGGAGGGCGAGGAUGAGGCUUGAGUUCCCCAGGCCAAGCAGGUUAGGGAAAGCUGAGAUGAAAGGAGGGGGUGGGGGGGCUUAAUAUGUGAAAAUACCUUGGCAGUUGAAGGAAGGAGAAUGGUUUUAGGUUUGUGCUGGGUCUCUGGUGCUCUUCACUGUUGCCUGUCACUUUUUUUCUCUUUUUGUAAUAUUGAUAACAUCAAUGUAACACUUGAGAUCUUUCUGAACUCCUGUUGUAAUGCCUAAAAUCACAUAAACCUUUGUGUCCUAA